AUGGACCGGGGCGGCCUCUCGGAUCGAGCCAAAGGCUACAUCCUUGGCAAUGACCUUCUGAUGGGUUUUGCAUUCGUUGUGGUAGUGGCUCGGUAUUACUGUCGGAUGCGUAUGGGAGCCAAGCGAGGCCUAUGGUGGGAUGACUUGUUCAUACUACUAGCAUUCAUGUUUGCAGUAGGAUUUGGCGCAGUUGUGAAUGUGGCAAUGGGACAUUAUGGAUGGGAUCGACAUAUCUGGAACAUCCCUCUGGAUGUACUAUCGACGUCCGUCAAAGCAUAUUUGGCCGCGAAGAUACUGUUCAUCGUGAGCGGAACGUGCGUGCGAAUGGCACUAUUGCUGUUCUACCUAUGGCUCAUCAAAGACGUGGCCGAGAAGGGCCUCAGAAGGAUCAUCUAUGUUGUGAUGGGCCUGAAUGCUGCUCUGUGUCUGGUUGCCGUGUUGGUCUCCAUUUUUCGAUGCCGACCUAUACAUGCGGCUUGGACGACUAUCGGAGAUAAUUCGCAGUGCUUCAGCGAAGGUGUUUCCAUCACCACAAUCGGAGCAUUGCUGACUGUGAUGGACUUUGUCGUCAACAUUCUACCACUGCCUAUCGUCGCUCGCUUGAAUGUCGUGUUCAGGCAGAGGCUGGCAGCAACGGUGCUACUUUCCCUGGGUACAAUCGCGACAGCUGCUGGCAUUGUUCGAGAGGUAUAUGUUUACCGCGCCUUCCUCGGAACCAAGGACUCGACUUGGGGAGCACUACCUUUGUGGAUUUGUGCAGAUGUCGAGAUUUAUGUUGGCCUGGUAAGUCUCAAAUCCACCAGGUCUUACCUUGUAGUACAACACUAA